AUGCAGCAACGUGUCAAUGAACCGUCCAGCAGCAGACUGGAGCAACAGGGUGGAACGAUUGAGCAGCAGAGCCAGCUCAUCCAGCGCCUCAAAGAAGAAGCAACAUAUCGGCUCGAGUGUGAUCUAGCAAGGAGCCACAAACUCGACGAACAGAUAAGAGAACUGUCCGAGACGUCGCAGCUGCUCGCCGAAGACAUACUCCAGAUGAAGCUCAAGCUAGCAGGACGAGACCAAAUGCUACUGAAACGUGGCCAAAAGUAUGCGGAGCUUGCUCAUGCUAACCGCGUACUGAGUCGGCAUGCCCAAGCGAUAGAACUAUCCGAGCGCGAGCUGGUUGCAGUGCUCAUUCCGACCAAGAAGCGACUGGCACUUCUCCGAGACACACUAACAAGGUUCUGCUACGAGCUGGAGGGGAUAAGAUAG